GCAACAGCUGAUUGCAACGACUAAUCGAAAUGGUGUAUCGAUAAAUUGUGGCGGCUAACAUAUGUUGCUCCACUCUGAGCAAGGCUCUUAAAUUCGAAUUGUAAUUUUAUUUUUCUCACGAAUGGAACGCAUAAACUAAUACUUUAGAAUGUACACAAUGGAAGUUAUGGUUAUCAUGACGAUCCCGAUCUUGUAUUAUGAUGAUCGCAGUCCACCGGUGCGAAGUUGUCUGAUGCUCAUCAAAAUGCUGAAUAUCAAUGUGGAGCUGCGCUUCGUGGACCUAUUCAAAGGGGCACAAUUCGAGAAAGACUUCUUGGCGUUAAAUCCGCAGCACAGCGUGCCGACGCUAGUGCAUGAUGAACUGCUGCUCACCGAUAGCCAUGUCAUACUCAUACAUCUUGUGGAACAGUUUGCUACAGAGACAGGCAGACUGUGGCCCAAGGAUUAUGCAGCCAGAAUGAAGGUGCUUAAUCGCUUGUUCUUCGAGUGCGCCUUUCUCUUUCGCCGUGACAGUGAUUUAAUGUCGGAUAUCGUGCGCAAGCAGUUCGCCAAUGUGGAUGUCGCCUACCACGAACGCAAGCUGUGCGAGGCAUAUGACAUUAUGGAGCGGUAUCUCGACGGGCAGACCUACAUGGCUGACGAUCAGCUGACGCUCGCCGACAUAUCCAUUGUGAGCACACUGAGCACCGUGCAUCUCAUGUUUCCAGUGGCAGCGGCACGUUGGCCGCAACUGCAGCGCUGGUUUGCCGCAAUGCAGCAAUUGGAUGCCUACGAAGUGAAUCGUCUUGGCGUGGAAAAACUGCGCGACAUCAUAGAGGAGCUGGGCAAGUUUCAGUUUCCCAGGCAGCAGCUAUGACAGGACAAGAGUCCCAAAACGAUGCAAACUGAACAUUGUUUACAAAACGGUUGGAUCAAAACUGAAUCAUCAAAUAUUGUUCCAAGAAAUGGAGCUCAUACGUAUAAGCAUAACUAUCUUAACUCAAAGGAGAGUUUGUUGGUGGAUGGAUACAAAGGAAUUUAUCAUUUGAAUCUUCGCUUAAAACCUAACUAAAUCUGGGCUUAAACAGCUUUACAUGACGUAAAAUGUAUCAUCAAAUUCUUAUAACAAGUAUCAAAUUCUUAUUACAAUCCCUAUUAUUAACCCAUCUAUGUAACCUAGGCCAAUAGACGCAUUUGAUAUUUGUUUAAAGACUAUUAUAAGUCGAAGCGUAACAUAUUAAGUUUAUAUUAUCUCAUCUUUAAGCCGACAUUCAUGCGUGCUUUGUGCUGUGUCUACAUAUCAAAUUCUUAUUACAAUCCCUAUUAUUAACCCAUCUAUGUAACCCAGGCCAAUUAGACGCAUUUGCUGUUUGCUUAAAGCCUAUUAUAUAAAGCCGCUAAUGUUAUUUCGAAUAAUGCGUGGACAUCAUUAGCAUACGGUCAACAGUCGGCCCCAUGUUGGAUUUGGUGGGGUUCGACGCAUUCUGUUUGCUCUCGAAAUGUUUGGCCAAUAUUUGCAUAUGCCGACAGCAUGUCAUGCCUAAUGGCCAUAUCGAGUGCGCAAAUUUGAGUUGGGUAAAACGCUUCGAGUACUUGGCGUUAAUUGCACGCCAACCGCGCAAUAUGGAAUUCCGUGCUGGUCAUCCACUUCUCACAGAAGUUUGGUCUACCCGUGGCAAUCCCUAACGUGACUGUGCCCAUUCCCGUUUCCGUUUUUGACUUUCCGUCACGACAGUCUCAGGUGCUGGCAUUUUGAUUGAGCAGCAGCAGCAGCUGCUGCAACUGCAACACGAUUUGCUUUGUGCAAAAAAAUCUUUCUUGGCGCACGCAACAAAACUUUCCAGUCAGCAAGUUUUUCAAUUUGCCGAGCUUUAAGCCAACACUGUUCUGGGCCAUCAUGACAGACGCUUGUUUCGCUUAUGUUUCCGUCAGGUCUUAUGCGAAUAAUGGAAAUAAAUCACGCUGCACUAUGAAGAAAUUGUAAUAAUUAUCAGACAAUUAAUUGAGUUAAGUUAAUUAUUAGUAAUAAAUGUGUAUUCUCUAAUCGAUGU